AUGAGGUAGGCUCUCGAGGGCUCUCGUAAACGUCUUGCACUUCCAUGGUUGAGGAGAGGACCUGUUUCAGUGAAACCAUAAUUCCAAAUGAAAUGUGACUGUGACCUGAGCAGCCCUACACUGACUGCGCCACCAUCGACGAGGCCCAGGUUAUGAACCAGGGGUCAAAUCAGGUGAACUACCCAAACAGGGGAGUCUGGAUCGGCCUGCGCCCGGGUCUGCCCCCCUGGCCCGGGGGUUCUGUGGGAUGGGGCUCGCUACAGCGCCCAGACCUUCAGAAACGGGGAGGGUGGCGAGCCCCUCGUUGAACACGGGAAGAGCCUCUGUGCCGCCAUGACAACGACGGAUGAAUGGACAGCGUCUGGUAAGAGGGCUUCAUUAACAGACCAUCAGACCAUGUUUCGCGUGCGAGUCUCCGCCUUCCGUCUCAUUGGGAUUUUCAUGCUUUUAAGUAUGACAGAAUCAACCUCCCCAGAGUACCACUACUACAACCAAAUCCUGAGCUGGAGCGACGCGCGGAGCUUCUGUCGGAGUAAGCACAGCGACCUGGCCACCGUGACCUCCAUGGAGGAGGCCCAGCUCCUGGCCCAGACCACCGCCGGCCGGGGCGACGCCUGGAUCGGCCUCCGUAACGACGGACCCGCCAAGUGGCUGUGGUCGGACGGAAGCGGAGAGCCGCUUCCUUUGUUGUGGAUUGCAGGGCAGCCCGACUUUUCGGGUGGCUGUGUAGACACGAUCGCAUCGGGCUGGAACGAUUACAAUUGUACUACGACGAGACGUAAUCUUGUGUGCGAAGAUGCACAGGUGCCGUACUAUCACCCUCAGCCCGAUUUGUGGGAAUGGACCGCUGCCCGGGAUCAUUGCAGAAGCCUAGGUAUGAAACUACCCAAAAUCAAAGGCAUGCCAGAUAUAGCGCCAAUCCUCACUCCGUCGCUCCAUGUCUCCGUCUGGAUCGGCCUCUUCUGGGACCGGUGGGCGUGGUCCGACGAGAGCACCUCCUCCCUCAGGUACUGGACGUUGGGCGAGCCGGCCAGCCUCCAGGGCUGUGCGAUUGUCAACGUUACGGACCAGGGCCGGUGGUACGAGAAGCAGUGCGAGACCGAGAUGCCUUUCGUCUGCCAGGGCGUUGGGAACUUGCGGAGGGUGCUGAUCAAGUUAAAGAUGGAGUCGGAUGGUGACCUCGAUCGCUCAGCCGCCGGUGCUCAACUCCUGAAGCAGCUCGAGGCGCAGUUCAGAAGUCAGGGGAUAUCAGAUUUCCAACUCAGCUGGAAGGGCGACAUCCGUCGUCAGGAUGAGAUCAACGAGAAUCCUGCAGCCGAGAGCCACGGUACAGGUCCCUGCGAUAAACGGAAAUGGAAUGACUGAAGCAACACACCUCCUACGUACACACAUACACACGCACACGCAGAGUCACAUGCUUGCGAACACAUAUAGAUAGACAGGCACAGUAUUUGCAUGUGUAUGGAGAUGAGGAGCUUAUUAUUAUUAUUAGGCAAAACUCCAGAGUUCACACGUUAUAUCUGAGUUCCGGUAGUUGUGUGCAUCCCGUGUGACUUUUUUUUUUAACUUACUUAUGAAGUAAUUGUAUAUUAUGACACAAUUAUGAGAGUUCGACUAUAGAGUAGACCUACCAGUUUAUUAUGAAAAAACAUGUUGAGGUCCUGUCGGUAGAAUUUGAGAAUUGUUGAGGGAGAGAGCAUGAUUCAGAAAAUAAACAACCCCACGAAAAUGCCCCUCCCUCUCUGACCCUCCCUACCUAUCUCCACCCUCGAGGAGUGGGUGGAGAAAUAGGGCAACUAGUGCAAAUUUGUUCCCUGAACAAUCAGGGGAGGAUAGUCUUGAUUGGUCAGAAAUUAGCCAAAAAAUAAUGGUCUCACAGAUAUUCAAAAAUAAUGAUACCCUCAUGAAAGGUCUUAGAUCUUACGGCACAUUAAACAAUGUUAAAAUAAAUAUGAAUAAAAUAUAAAUGUAAAUAAUACAAAUAAUUCCAAAUCAAACAAAUUGGAAUCUAAUAAAAUACUGAUAUAGGAGGGAUCCUUUAGUGGGUUGAGGAUCAGGGGGUAGAGUACUGUCGUAUAAAGUAGACUGCGGAGCCCUUUGAGACCGGAGCUGUGAUUCAAGAUAUGCAAAUCAAAUGGACCUGACUUGGUGUUUGUUCGCAGGAUGAGGAAGAUGUUUCACAAUGCACAAACUAAGACACGAGUGCAGGCCCUGCGUGAUAGACAUGGUUCAGUGCUCGUCAAAGUUCCUGUUUGAAAACGUCCUGCCCGGUGGAGUAGACGACGAGACCUAUACUUUGAUAACCUUCAUCUAAUAAAAGCUUUAGACAUAAAUCAAGUCUGCGUGGCUCGCACUUAUUCUUAUUUUAGCCUCCAAAGGAUGUAUUCACGUGAUUAAAUGAUAGUUGUAGUUAGCGUGAUUUAUACAUCGUGUUAAAUUAUGUGUUCUCAUAAUGUGAUCCAUAUAGGCUACCCCUAUAUUAUGUGGAUUACAACCUAUUUGCAUCCAACUUCAUUGUACACCAAUGUGGUUCGUUGUUUUAUUUUGUUUCUGUAUAGAAGUGCAUUCUGGGUCAUAAAGCGUUAGUGGAGACUGUGCACAUGACAUGGCUGCUGAUGAAGUAGGCUAACGGAGCUGUGUAGAAAUUAAUAAACAGAUAAAGGAAAUAGAUGUAAGAAGUGAUUCUUUAUCAACAUGAAAUAUGAAAAUGAAAACGCAACGCAUCCCUUUUGAAAUUAUAAUAAUGAAAUAGUGUAGGCCUAAUGAUAGUUUAUGAUUCAUGGAAUUAGGCCUGUAUAUUAUUGAAUUAGGCUAUAGGCUAUA